AUGUGCCACGUGAAUUGGCCGGUGUUGCGCAAGGUCAAACUCAAAGGCGAAGCAACACUCGAAGGGGAAGUAACGAGCGAAAGUCCUACACCAUCGUAUUCAUAAAAAAAAACACUAGAUCUUUGGAUUCACUGAAAUUAUCAACAACUUAGUACAACACAGCUGUAAAACAACAAGGAGUCACCAGAUCGCUGGAAAUAAAGUGGGAAGAAAACAGAGGCAAAAUUCUUGCAGAACUGACUAUGAACAGGACAAAGAAGAACACAGGUGACGCAAAGCCAAUGAAACAAAGGGAGAGGAUCGCUAAGGACAGGUCCUCAUGCACUGAUAAAUACCCUCUGCCUUCCAAUCUUUUACUCGCCAAGUUUAAACUACGGAGAGCAGCAGGAAGCAAAGUGUCCAAACUUUGGUUAAAAAGUAAUGAAAUUGAAAAUUGAAGCAUGCUAUGGCGCAGAAGAAGCUGCAAAAUUUAAGGGAAGCAGCUACUGGUUCCAGAGAUUCAGAGAAAAACACAACACAUUACUGAGGAGAAGGAUCAACUAGUAAAAAAAAAAAAGACUGGGCAGAAGAUGGCCGGGAUACGAUCCAGAAAUUCCAAAAGGAUUUGA